CUAUGAUGGAAGAUCUAUAGUCUACGGCGUCUCCUACAACGGGAAAUGUGACGAUAAGAACGCCACGACCGUCCAUGUUGCAGCCGCGCGAGAACCAGCUUCCGAUCCAUAUGCCUACCUCUGCAAGGGGCCCACGAUUGCGAUAAACAAGAAGCUGAAUGUGUCACGGAACUGCACGGCGACAUGCUACAACCGAAGUACGAGCGCUUGGGUCGAUGCUCGCCUGGGUGAUGGAAGAUUGUGUGCCCUUGUCGUUAACGGAAGCGGUGACGGAGACUUCAUCAAGAGAACUGGGCUCUGUCGCAACGGAUCGUGCGUUCCUGCAGAUACCAAACCGUUGCCGAUCCCCGACGAUUGUCCGGCGAAGUACGUGAAAAGAAACGGAAUUAUGUUGGCUGAAAAGUGCGCGGUUCCUUGUAAAACGACCGGAAAAUAUAGAAAGCUACGAAGUGGCACCAGGUGUUGGCUCAAUUAUCAGCGAAAGGUCACUGUCCCUGGCGUUGAUAGCCUUAUUGUUGACGGCGUUUGCAAAAAUGGACACUGCAUCAUAACUCCUCCUGCCGUUCCCUUGUUCAAGAUUGAACUCCCAGCAGAAGGAUGCAGCCAUUUAUUAGCGUCAGUGAAUUAUACGAGAAAAGUUGCGUCCCAGUGCAACGCAUUUUGUCCCGGUGGUGAACCAAAAUACCAACCCCUUCGCAACCGUACCGCUUGUGCUCUGAAAACGUCAUUCGGCUGGUACAAAACAGUUACAGAAGUCGGCGAAUGCAAGGGAGGAAAUUGCGUAAAGCAAGAUCUCACAGAAUUUCCGGAACCGCAUCGACAGGUCAGCGAUUCGUCGCACGUAUGCAAGAGCGAAAAUUACGUGGUCGUGAAACCAGGCCAGAUUACUGUGGUCGCAUCGUGCCAGGUUGAAUGUAGCUACAGCGUGUUCGAGAGGCGCAGCUACGGAGUCGCUUGCUUGCUGGAGUACAGUGAAACGAAGAAAGGAGAAAAGAUGUACACGUUAGGGAUAUGUUCGGGUGGGUUCUGCACUCAUGAUUCGCAACCGCGAAACAUCACAACCCAAGACUGAACGUUAAUGAAAACGGUCAUGAAUGAAAAAGAAAAAAUAAAGAGAUGCAGAUAAACAA